AUGGCUUCACCAGCUACACAUGGCUUCACGCCAUGUGCACCCGCCUGUUCGCCCCUCUAUCCCGAUCAGUGCACGCACGCCAACCUAUCACCUGCAGGCGGCAUCACCUUGGCCGUACGAGUUGAGGUGCCUGAGAGCACUCCACAACCUGCUCACCCCCUUUCUCCCCCCUUCCCUCUCCCCAUGCACACCUACCAACCUGCUCACCCCCUUUCUCCCCCCUUCCCUCUCCCCAUGCACACCUACCAACCUGCUCACCCCCUUUCUUCCCCCUUCCCUCUCCCCAUGCACACCUACCAACCUGCUCACCCCCUUUCUCCCCCCUUCCCUCUCCCCAUGCACACCUACCAACCUGCUCACCCCCUUUCUCCCCCCUUCCCUCUCCCCAUGCACACCUACCAACCUGCUCACCCCCUUUCUCCCCCCUUCCCUCUCCCCAUGCACACCUACCAACCUGCUCACCCCCUUUCUCCCCCCUUCCCUCUCCCCAUGCACACCUACCAACCUGCGUCACGCCAGGCUGCAUCCCCCUGGCUGUACGAGGUGCCGUGGGGCUUUCAAAAGCUGCUCAUGCACAUCACCACCACGUAUGGGGCACCACCCAUCUACAUCACAGAGAAUGGUAAUAAAGGGGCCACAUAG